CUUUGGGAUUAUUGCGUCUCCUUCUCCUGCAGCUCUCUGGGUGUUGGCUGGUCUCACUUUUACCAGGAUCAAGUCUCAGAUUGUUUUCUCCGUGUCAACCUCCCUCUGAAGGUGAAGGACAAAGUGUGAGCUGAUGUGAAUCCAGCAGCAUGGACCAGAGUGAAGCUCAGAGCCUCCAGCCCCUCAGACCUGACCAUGUGGUCUCUGAGGACCAGGCUGAACCUCCACUGGUGGGCGAUGAAGCCGUCGUUCCAGCAGAGAAGUUGGUUGCCGGCAUGAGGACUGAGUUUGUGGAAAGGUUGUCGAUAGAAGUCCUUACACAGCUGCUGGAGGCCCUCAUAACAGACGAUGUCUUGACUGAGUCAGAAAAAGAAUCGAUAUCUGAGAAGCACCCAGUCAGAGCAGACAAGGUACGCCACUUCAUUGACACUGUGAAGAGAAAGGGAGAGGAGGCCUGCAAGAAGUUUAUCCGACAUCUUCAGUCCAUAGAUCCUGCUCUUUCCCAUCAUCUGCAUUUGUCCUCUGUUCAACCUGCUCAGAAAGAUGCUGUUGAGAGGUGUCAACGUAAACUUAAAUCAAGUCUGAAGGAGAAGUUCCAGUGUGUGUUUGAGGGGAUUGCUAAAGCUGGAAAAACAACCCUUCUGAAUGAGAUCUACACAGAGCUCUACAUUACAGAGGGAGGGACUGCAGAGGUCAAUGAUGGACAUGAGAUCAGACAGAUUGAAACAGCAUCCAGGAAACAAGACAGACCAGAAACAAGUAUCAGACAAGAAGACCUCUUUAAAGCCUCACCUGGAAGACAGAAACCAAUCAGAAGAGUGAUGACAAAGGGAGUGGCUGGCAUUGGGAAAACAGUCUUAACACAGAAGUUCACUCUGGACUGGGCUGAAGACAAAGCCAACCAGGACAUCCUCUUCAUAUUUCCAUUGACUUUCAGAGAGCUGAAUGUGGUGAAAGAGAGAAAGUUCAGCUUGUUGAGACUUGUUCAUCACUUCUUCACUGAAACCAAAGAAGCAGGAAUCUGCAGCUUUGAAGACUUCCAGGUUCUGUUCAUCUUUGACGGUCUGGAUGAGUGUAGACUUCCUCUGGACUUCCACAAGACUGAGAUCCUGACUGAUGUUACAGAGUCCACCUCAGUGGAUGUACUGCUGACAAACCUCAUCAGGGGGAAACUGCUUCCCUCUGCUCGCCUCUGGAUAACCACACGACCUGCAGCAGCCAAUCAGAUCCUUUGUAAAUCUGUUGACAUGGUGACAGAGGUCAGAGGGUUCACUGACCCCCAGAAGGAGAAGUACUUCAGGAAGAGGUUCAGAGAUGAGGAGCAGGCCAGCAGGAUCAUCUCCCACAUCAAGACAUCACGAAGCCUCCACAUCAUGUGUCACAUCCCAGUCUUCUGCUGGAUCACUGCUACAGUUCUGGAGGAUGUGUUGGAAACCAGAGAGGGAGGAGAGCUGCCCAAGACCCUGACUGAGGUGUACAUCCACUUCUUGGUGGUUCAGGCCAAAGUCAAGAAGGUCAAGUAUGAUGAAGGAGAUGAGACAGAUCCACACUGGAGUCCAGAGACCAGGGAGAUGAUUGAGUCUCUGGGAAAACUGGCUUUUGAUCAGCUGCAGAAAGGAAACCUGAUCUUCUAUGAAUCAGACCUGACAGAGUGUGGCAUCGAUAUCACAGCAGCCUCAGUGUACUCAGAAGUGUUCACACAGAUCUUUAAAGAGGAGAGAGGCUUGUACCAGGACAAGGUGUUCUGCUUUGUCAAUCUGAGCGUUCAGGAGUUUCUGGCUGCUCUUCAUGUCCAUCUGACCUUUAUCAAAUAUGGUGUCAACCUGCUGUCAAAAAGAAUAUCUCUGAAGUUCUUUGGAUUCAAACGUAAACUAACACGUCUCCAUCAGAGUGCUGUGGACAAGGCCUUACAGAGUCCAAAUGGACACCUGGACUUGUUCCUCCGCUUCCUCCUGGGUCUUUCACUGCAGACCAAUCAGACUCUCCUACGAGGCCUGCUGACACAGACAGGAAGUAGCUCACAGACCAAUCAGGAAACAGUCCAGUACAUCAAGGAGAAGAUCAGUGAGAAUCUGUCUGCAGAGAGAAGCAUCAAUCUGUUCCACUGUCUGAAUGAACUGAAUGAUGUUUCUCUAGUGGAGGAGAUCCAACAGUCCCUGAGAUCAGGACGUUUCUCCACAGAUAAACUGUCUCCUGCUCAGUGGUCAGCUCUGGUCUUCAUCUUACUGUCAUCAGGAGAAGAUCUGGAUGAGUUUGACCUGAAGAAAUACUCUGCUUCAGAGGAGGCUCUUCUGAGGCUGCUGCCAGUGGCCAAAGCCUCCAACAAAGCUCAACUGAGUGACUGUAACCUCUCAGAGAGAAGCUGCAAAGCUCUGUCUUCAGUUCUCAGCUGCCAGUCUUCCAAUCUGAAACAUCUGGACCUGAGUGACAACAACCUGAAGGAUUCAGGAGUGAAGCAUCUGUCUGCUGGACUGGAGAGUCCAAACUGUAACCUGGAGCCACCUUUACCCCGGGAUGACAGCGACACAGAGAGCAACACUGACAUAGACACAGAAAAGCUGAAACAUCUGGACCUGAGUGACAACAACCUGAUGGAUUCAGGAGUGAAGCAGCUGUGUGGUUUUCUGGAGAGUCCAGACUGUAGACUGGAGACUCUGGAGUUGUGGAGCUGCAGUCUGUCAGAGAUCAGCUGUGAUUCUCUGGGACCAGCUCUGAAGUCCAACCCCUCCCAUCUGAAACAUCUGGACCUGAGUGAGAACAACCUGAUGGAUUCAGGAGUGAUGCAGCUGUGUGGUUUUCUGGAGAGUCCAGACUGUAGACUGGAGACUCUGAGGUUGUGGAGCUGCAGUUUGUCAGAGAUCAGCUGUCAUUCUCUGGGGCCAGCUCUGAACCUCCAGCCCCUCAGACCUGACCAUGUGGUCUCUGAGGACCAGGUUGAACCUCCACUGGUGGACGAUGAAGCCGUCAUUACAGCAGAGAAGUUGGUUGCCGGCAUGAGGACUGAGUUUGUGGAAAGGUUGUCGAUAGAAGUCCUUACACAGCUCCUGGAGGCCCUCGUAAAAGACAGUGUCUUGACUGGGUCAGAAAAAGAAUCGAUAUCUGAGAAGCACCCAGUCAGAGCAGACAAGAGUCCAGACUGUAGACUGGAGACUCUGAGUUUAAACGACUGCAGGUUGUCAAAAAUCAGCUGUCAUUCUCUGGGACCAGCUCUGAAGUCCAACCCCUCACAUCUGAAACAUCUGGAUCUGAGUGAGAACAACCUGAAGGAUUCAGGAGUGAAGCAGCUGUGUGGUUUUCUGGAGAGUCCAGACUGUAGACUGGAGACUCUGGGUUUGGAGAGCUGCAGUUUGUCAGAGAUCAGCUGUGAUUCUCUGGGACCAGCUCUGAAGUCCAACCCCUCCCAUCUGAAACAUCUGGACCUGACUGACAACAACCUGAUGGAUUCAGAUUUGAAGCAGCUGUGUGGUUUUCUGGAGAGUCCAGACUGUAGACUGGAGACUCUGGGGUUGAGUUACUGCAGUUUGUCAAAGAUCAGCUGUGAUUCUCUGGGACCAGAUGAACCUCUGACCAUCUAG